UGUACUUUUACACCGUACCCAUCUCUUCUCCUUCUUUAUAAAGACACACUCUCUCUUCUACCGCAUCGUUCUUCUUAACAUUCUCCUUGCGAAACCAAAAUUUUAAAUUCUUUCUUUAUAUGGCACUAACCCUUUUGUCCCACGAGGUAUCCGAUCUCUGCAUCGGCAAACCGCCGCUAAGGUGCCUCUCCGCCGUCACAGCCACCGUCGCUGACGCCAUCGCCGCCCUCAAAUCAUCCGACGAGCCUUUCCUCAGCGUCUGGAGCUGUAACCACGACGAAACCAACGAUGAUAACAACAAGUGCGAGUGCGAGUGCGAAUGCGAGUGUGUGGGUAAGAUCUGUAUGGCAGAUGUGAUCUGUUACCUAACUAAACACGACAACAAGGCUUUGUCUCUUUCCUCUGUUUUGGAAGCUUCUGUCUCUGUUCUUCUCCCCAAAUCUAGUUCCAUCGUCGUUUAUGUCCAAUCUUCUUGCAAGUUAAUUGAAGCCAUUGAUCUGAUAACCGGAGGAGCACAGGAUCUGAUCGUUCCGAUUCAGACAAAACCAAACACAAAGAGGAGACAAACCCGAAACGCUGUCGUUUCGCUAACCGCCACCACAACGACAACAAUACACAAGAACAGCCGCCAGUUCUGUUGGAUCACACAAGAAGACAUCAUCAGAUUCCUUCUCGACUCCAUCAGCGUCUUCUCUCCGUUACCGUCGCUCUCCAUCUCCGACCUCGGCGUGAUCAACAGCACGCACGCUAUCCUCUCCGUAGAUUACUACUCCUCCGCGUCCUCCGCCGUCACCGCCAUUUCUAGCGCCAUCGCGGAUAACAUCUCCGUCGCGGUGGUCGACGGUGAAUGCGAUGGAGAAGAUCCACGUGCGGUGUUAAUCGGCGAGAUAUCUCCGAUGACUCUUGCUUGCUGCGACGAGUCGGCUGCAGCAGCGGUUGCUACGCUCUCGGCCGGUGAUCUGAUGACAUACAUUGACGGUAGUGGUCCGCCGGAGAGUCUUGUGAGAGUCGUUAGGAAUCGUCUUGAAGAGAAAGGUUUGGUGGGUUUGAUCUCGCUGGUCGAUUCUUUGUCGGGUUCGUCGGGGUCUUCUUCGUCGGAUGAAGAGGCUCCGGCGGGGAGAGCGAAGUCGUAUGGGAGGUCGGUGAGUAGUGCGGCGAGGAUGGCGAGGAAGUCGGUGGCGAUAGUGUGUAAUCGGAGAAGCUCGUUGAUGGCUGUGAUGAUACAAGCUAUCGCUCAUAGGGUGAGUUAUGUGUGGGUGGUUGAUGAAGAUGGUUGUUUGGUUGGUAUGGUCACUUUUGUUGAUAUAUUGAAGCUUUUCAGAGAGUUUUUGGAUGAUCAAAACUAAUCAUCAUCAUUAGUUUGAUUACUUUUUUUUUUUUGUUAGAGUUUACAUUAAACAUACAACCAAAUCAAACGUUGAAUUAGUUUCUUUUGGUGAAGGAUGCAAUAAGAUUAGAGUUCUUAUUUUACCAAAAAAAAAGAAGAAAGAUUAGAGUUCUUUUAUAUAUCAUAAGACCACAAUUCUUGAAGAAUAUUUCGGUUCUUGUGUUCCUAAAUCUUGAUUUUUUUUUGGAUCUCAGUGACAGUCUUGAAUCUUUAUUUUCAGUU